CAUAAUUGCUUCUUGAAGCAUUUUUAUAAUAGCUGCUUUAGAAUCUGUCAAAUAAUUCUAAACAUCUCCAUCAUUUUGGUGUUUGCAUCUCUUGGUUGUCUUUUGGCAUCCAUUUGAGAUUUUGGUUCUUGGUGUGACAAGUGAUUUUUUUUGAAAGCUGGAAAUUUUGAGGGUAUGUCAUGAAACUCUGGAUCUUAUUUAAAUCUUCUGUUUUAGCUAACUUCCUCUAACACAACCUUGGCAGGAGAAUUGGGGGUCACUGCCUCAUUAUUUCCAGGUACAAGUUGAAAUUGAAAUUACCCACUCAGCAUCCAUUGACAUCCGAGGAGGGAAGUCUUCAUUACUCUUGGCACAUGUGAGAGUUCCAGGCCCUCACUAGGGCUCCACUGAUACCUUCUUGUUUCCCACAAAAUCUCCACUGACCCGUCUGGGGUGGUGGUCUUGUUGCUGCGGUGAUGGUGAAAGCCCUGACUCUCCACACGGCCUCCUCUGACACUACCCAAGGGCAGAGGAGGGGGCUUGUUACUACCUGGUGGGAGUGGAAGUUCGUGUUCCCCAUGUAGUUUCCACUAACUCUGCAGGAGUUGAGAGGGAGGCCUCCUUAUAUACUGAUGAGGGUGGACCAUUCAGGUCGCCAUUCACUCUUUGCUGGCAUUGAUGGGGUUGAGUCACAGUUUUUUCUGUGGUGUUUGACUGGAGAAGAGUGUUCUUUUUCUGAAAGUUUUCUGUCCUGCUAGGCUACUUGCUUUCGGCUAGAGGCAGAGCAGGCUUUUGUUGGGAUUUUUUUAUCUGCCCCAUUGGCAUUUCUGUUUGCUGACUCCUUCAGCUCCAAGUCUAGGAUAGAUGAGGCAAAAAGACAACCCAGGGAUCUCACGAUUGUAUUGUCUCUCAGGGUCUUUCAGAAUUCUUUCACUCUUCUUAUGUUGUUUUAUGUGUAAUGUCCAGGGCUUUUGGUUGAAUUAGCAGGAGAGAGAGGGAAAAGUACAUUUACUUCUGCUUCCUGGAAGCGGAAGUUAUUUCUUUUAUCUAUUAAAAAAAAAGCAAACCUCUGCCCUCCCAGUCCAACUAUAGUUAGUGUCCCUUUUCUCUGCUUCCUUUAAGAACCAAAUUCUUUGAAAGCAUUUGUCUAUACUUAUUUUAUCUAGUUCCUCUCUCAUUCUCUCUUAAACCUAUUCUAGUAAGGCUUUUAUCCUACCACUCUUGUCAAGGUGUCAUUUACAAGUGAAUACCUGUAAGCAAUAAUACCUAGCAAAACUCCUUCUGUUUAUUAUUAGUUCUGGUGGCGUUGAUUUCGACUCCUGGUGACCCUGUGUACAGCAGAGCAGAACUCUCCCUGGUCUUUCCAUACCAUCCUCUCACUUCCAGUGCUUGUAUCAGCCAAUACUCCGCUGCUAUUCAUAGCCAGUUGCUAUUCAUGGCCAAUUUCUUCGGACGUGGAUGUCCUGUCAUCCUUUCUAGUCUGUCCAGUCUGGAAGCUCUGCUGAUACCUGUCCACCAUGGGUGACCCUGCUGGUAUUUGAAAUAUUGGUGGCAUAGCUUUCAGCAUCACAGCAACAUGCAGCUGCCAUAGUAUGACAACUGACAGAUGGAUGGUAUGGUUCCCUGAGCAGGAAAUAAACCCAGGCCGCAGCAAUGAGAGCACCAUCUUAACCACUGGACCACCCGGGAUGGCUAUCAAAACUGUGGCUGAAGCUAAAAUUGUACUUAGAGGGAUAUCUAUAGUCAUAAAUGUUAUAUUAAAAGAGAAAACCAGCCUGAAACUGAAUGAACUAAUAUCUAAUUUAAGAAGUUAGAAAAAGAAUCAACCCAAACUAGAAGAAGAAAGGAGAUAUAAAGAUAUCCAGACAUAAGUAAAAUAGACAGCAAAGCUACCUACAAUUGAGAUAAUUAAGAAAUUCUGACAAGAUGGUCAAGAAAAACAAAAGGCAAAAAUAUGUAAUGAUACGUAUUAGAAAAUAUAAAUAAUUUUAAUCGACAUAUUUAAAUGAAGUUAUAUGUGAAAUAAAGUAUCAGAAAAGUAUAUAAAUGAGCAAAACUGAUUCAAAAAGAAAUAGAAAAUCUGAAUGGUUCUAUAACCUGUGAAAAUGCUGAUUUAGUAGUUAAAAGUCUUUCCUUCUUUCAGUAAAAAGGCCCAGGUGGUUUUUCAGCUGAGUUUGGACAAAUGCUCAUUCCACUGUGCAGUAAACUUUUCAGAAAACAGAAAAAAGGGUGUGACUGCACAGAAAAGUUACAGAACAAAUUUGACUUUUUGCGCUCACAGUUGAAUGAUAUUUCUUCGUUUAAGAAUAUCUACAGAUAUGCCUUUGAUUUUGCAAGGGAUAAAGAUCAGAGAAGCCUUGAUAUUGAUACUGCUAAAUCUAUGUUAGCUCUUCUGCUUGGGAGGACAUGGCCACUGUUUUCAGUAUUUUACCAGUACUUGGAGCAAUCAAAAUAUCGUGUUAUGAACAAAGAUCAGUGGUACAAUGUAUUAGAAUUCAGCAGAACAGUCCAUGCCGAUCUUAGUAACUAUGAUGAAGAUGGUGCUUGGCCUGUUCUUCUUGAUGAAUUUGUUGAGUGGCAAAAAGUCCGUCAAACAUCAUAGCAAGAACUAUUGUGAAGAAAAUGCAGACCUUUUGAUUCUCACGUGUAUAGAAGCUAAUGAGAUGAGGAAAACAAAAUCCAAAGGGUGCAUUUUCAUUCAUAUGAAAGACUUCUUAGAGUACUUUUUUUUCCUUUUUUUUAAAGGAAGUUCUCUUGUUACAUGUGAUAGGCAUUGAGCCACACCUCUCUGAGACUGAAUGUUGAAUAUUUUGUUUUGAGUUAUGUUUAUAACGUUUAUUUCACAACAAUAAAGAUUCGGAUUUGUGACAAAGGCCUUAAAGUGAAGAUGUCCCUUGAGUGUCAGAGUGGUAUUUAUUUUUGUAAAUUUUAAUUCUUGAAUUUUAGAGGUUCUGUCUCACCAGGAAUUUAUGGAAUUUUAAAGAUUUUAAAACAAUCUUAAUAUUUGGCGAUAUAGUCUGCUGAUGGUGUAGUUCAUUAUAUUCAUCUCUGCACAAUUAGGAAGAAUAUUUAUCGGCCAUGACUUCUGGAAUAAUGAUAUUCUGAUGCAGCUAAUAAAAUACAUUUCUGGAUAUUGAAAGUGCUUCAACUUUCAGCUCUGGUUUUCUGUGAAAGCUGCUGAGAUCUUAUGCACAUACUUUACCUGGAAAGUUUAGAAUUGGAAAGAUUAUGUCCAGUUAUUUUGUUUUCUGACCACUAAAUACUUAUGUCAGUCAGCAAUGCGUGUACAUUCUUAAUGUGAAUUUUAAGUUUUCUGUAUUCUGUGAGUUAAAAACGUCCAUUUAUAUUUGAAAGGGCAAGGUUCAUUUGUUAGUGGUCUCAAAAUCAGAAAGCCUUACGAGAGAAUUAAGACCAAUAUUGAAGUUGUAUCAUCAUCAUUAUUGUCAUUAUUAUUGGUAUAUAUAUGAUCUUCUUUAACAGUCAUUUUGUGAUAUGGGAAGUUUUGUUGAGGGCCCUUUGUUUGUGUCUUAAAGGAACCUUAGCUCUGAUGUGGAUUUAGUUAAGAUAUAUAAGAAAAGAAGAUAAUAGAAUACGGAAUCAUGAGAGAACUCUGGGUAUAAUUAUGCAGAACUCAAGAGUGUCAUUUACAUUGGUACAAUCACAGUUUUGCUAAUUAUCACAUUUUCUGACUGUUGGCAAUAAAGUCGCUUGAGAAAAGGACAGCUUUUUCUAAUUCACAUAAAAGGCAUCUUUUGGACUAGCAGCAGGGCUGUUUGUACAUUCCUUUUCAAACCAUCCAAUAUCCCAGUGAUAUGAAAACUUUGUUGACAUUCACAGUCCAGUCACAACCUCAAUAACACGCCUAGUUUCAUUGUAUGAGUGAAGAGAAGUAAAUAGAUUAUUUUUCCAUAAUAAAGAUGUUUCUAUUGGGAUUUAAGGUAAAGGUUGAUUUUUGUUGAUGAAUUUAUUUGAUGAGUGAUUUUCGGUACUGAUUACUUAAGGGAGAAUAGCAU